AGUAACCCACGCCGGCAAAAUACAUUUUCACUCCCCCUUCCACACAACAUUGUUGUUGGGGAAGCAGGUCUAUCAAUUCGUCGCUGCCGCGGCUUUGCAACACAUAUCGAAGAAGCAGUAAAGGAGAUAGAUGGACGUGGACAGCGAGGUGGAGCCGACACUGCAGGAGAUGGCCAGGCGUAUCGCCGUGAUGCGGGUGGAUCUCCUCCCUGCGCUGCGCCGUCUCGAUGAGGACACCAUCCUUUCCUACUACUCCGUGGAUGAGCAGGCACGGUUGUACCUCUCUGCCGCCUUCACCCUGGCGCUCUCCCUUUACUCUUUGGAUAAGAUUACACAUCGUCAGAUUGCUGUCGGUGGCACUGCUGCUGCGGCGGCACCUCGACUCACCGGCGCUGGUACGCGCCACCGCAGCGAUGCGCCGGCCGGGCCGCCACCGAACACCGACACGCAGCUCGUGCUGAAGAUAGAACGAAUCACGGAGUACAUUAAGAAACUGCAGGAGCUCGCCACGCUGGAGCGCAACAAGAAGCUGAGCGCUGCUGCUGCUGCUGUUAUGGAGGCUUCGGAGGUUGCGAAGUCAGAAAGCUCCGCGACAAGCAUCGCUAGCAAGAAGCGGGCUCGAGAGACGUCUCCUCCCGCCCCAGGCGCUCCGCGCGCGCACGCAACAGCGUCGAUGACCAGCAAGCGGGCGAAGGCGGACACAGCAGCGAAGGAAGAUGCAAAAGGCGGCGAGGCAGCGGACGACGACUACGGCGACGCACAAAUGUUCAGCGUGGUUUCUCGCGUCGCUGGGGAGACCGGCACGUUGGUGAGCCGUUUGCUGCGGCAGGUGAUGCCAUCGAAGACGGAGUAG